CUUUCACAAAAAACCAAACCAGCCUUUCUGUGCCGCCUUUCACAAAAAACAAAACAAACCAUUCUGUACCGCUUUUUACCCGAUAAGUAAUGAACUUCCCUUUUUACCCCUCAAGACCAGAAACAGAAACGGCAGCCGCCGGCACGGACAACCCGAUUACUCCCCCUCUACUGAUAUGAAUUCUCUCUCUCUCUCGCUUCCCUCUAUCUCAGUUUCUCUCUCUAUCUUCCAGGGCCGAAAGCACUUUAAGGAAAAAUGAAUCCCAGUUUAUACUGAAUCUGCCGCUUAAUUACCCGGUUGCCGAAGUAUUUCUCUCUCCACUAAUGCCUUAUCCUAGGAAGAUAGAGAGAGAAACCGAUCCGGAGGGGAGAAAGAGAGAGAAAAAGAGGGAGAAAGAUUCCAGAUCUGGGAAUGUGGAGUGUGUUGCCGGAAUCGGAGCUCACGCCGCCAAACCCCUCCCCCCGCCCUCCUGACCGCCACUCAAUGCUGACAACAGAGCGAGAGUCCCCUUCCUCUCUCUCUUUCGUUGGCGGAGGACAUGAACGGCAGCGCCGCGGGAAGGGAGGUGGGCUACUGCCGACGGUGAACUUCUUCGCAAAGGUUUUUCUUGUACGUGCCCUAUAUAUUGGAAUGCGUAAUUUACGAAGACAGGAAUUUACACGUGUCAUCAUUUAAAAGGAAGGAUAGCGGGCCUGAAGAUCUUUCCCCUGCUUUUGCAGCACCGUGAAAGCAUGCAUAUUGUCCACAUUGCCCCGACGGACAAAAAUUCGAAACCACGAAAGAGGACAUAACAGGGUUUUGGGCCGUGUUCGGUGUUCCAUCACACUCGAUCAUUAACUGCUGUUUUUGGCUGAUUAGUCCAAGUGAAAAAGGUUCCUCCUGCAUUGUGAUUGCCAGUCUAGAAUUGGAGAAUUUCUGUUAAGAGUUGAGGUAAUGGGUGGGUGCAUUUUAACAAUGCGGGGGAGGGCGAAGUUGUCUCAAUCAAGGCCUUCUUCAAAGAGUGGAUAUCCUCAAGCCCAUUUGCCAGCUUCUGAAGAAACUCAGAGCUAUUACAAUUCCCUGAUUGAGGUGAUUCAGGCUCUUGAACAUGCUCGUUUUGAGUCUUCCAAUCUUAUUGUGGGUAUAGAUUUCACAAAGAGCAAUGAGUGGACAGGUGGAAGGUCAUUUAACAAAAGAAGCUUGCACCACAUUGGGGAUUGUCCAAAUCCCUAUGAACAGGCGAUAUCCAUUAUUGGAAAAACCUUGGCUCGUUUCGAUGAGGAUAACUUAAUUCCAUGUUUUGGCUUUGGAGAUGCGACAACCCAUGAUGAAGAUGUCUUCAGUUUUUAUCCGGAUGACAGACUUUGCAAUGGAUUUGAGGAAGUAUUGACAACCUACAGGGAAAUUGUUCCUUUUCUAAAACUUGCAGGUCCAACUUCAUUUGCACCUAUAAUUCAAAUGGCCAUGUCUAUAGUUGAGAAGAGUGGUGGCCAAUUCCAUGUCCUGUUGAUAAUUACGAGCGGUCAGCUUGGUGUGCAGAAGCAGAAGACAAUUGAUGCCAUUGUUGAAGCAAGCAAUCUCCCUCUAUCAAUUAUAUUAGUUGGUGUUGGUGAUGGACCCUGGGACAUCAUGAAGAGACUUGGUGACUCUACUUGUAGUCGGGCAUUUGAUAAUCUCCAUUUUGUGAAUUUUACGGACAUUGUGACAAAGAAUGUGCCCCCUUCACAAAAGAAGGCCGAAUUUACACGAGCAACUCUGAUGAAAAUUCCUUCUCAGUAUAUCGUAACAAAAAACUUAUCUAUGGCAGGUGGUCAGACUUUUAAGAGGGCUUCACCUGCUGUCAAUUCUGCCAAUGAGAAUGAGGAUUUGGACGGUCUUGUACAGGAUUGUCUGUGUGCAAGUAAUUCAGUGAACAUGGUCUUGUAUUGCGGGCAUCAGAUAUGUAGCAACUGCAAACCAAAGAUUUAUCAUUGUCCAUAUUGUCGGAUUCCUGUGGGCACCAAAGAUUACAAAUUGAUGAUUACAAAUUGAUAUAGGGAUCUGAAAAGACAUGAUUCGGAUGCAGGCGAGCCCUUCAGUUAUUGCCAAUGUGCAGAAGCAGCCAUUUACACGAUCAUGUUUUGUAAUUGAAUUGUUGCAGAAACUACACGAAAGUCAAAUAGUACGUAGUUGGAGACCGAUGAAAGAGGAAUAUUUGUGUCAAUAAUAGACAACGCUUUGUAACCUCCAAGAUCGGAUGUAAUUUGGGUGUAUAGAAUCAAGUACAUGGCUAAUGAUUUUACAUAGAGAUACAAAGCAGGGUUGGUUGCUAUAAGGUAUCAUCAAUAUGAUUGCUUAUUGCUAUUUGA